AUGGGAAGCAUCCCACGCUUGGAAGAUAUUCCGGAGGUGAUCCACAAUAUACAAUCACGUUUGCCAGUAAAAGAAGCCGCAUGCACAUCCAUCCUCUCCAAAUCAUGGCUACACGCUUGGUCUACCAUUCCUAUCCUCAGGUUUCGUGAAGCUGUAACCUCUCUCACCAAAGAACAAGAAACAGAGCACUUGAAGGUGAUUGACCACACUCUGAUAAGGUAUCUCCAUGACAACAUACCUAUACAAAGCAUCAACCUUAAGAUCAACGUUGAGAAUCAAGAGUCCGCUUCUCUUGCUGAGAAAUGGAUUCGACCCGUGGCAUCCAAAAGUUCCCUUAAUGCGCUUUCCCUAACAUUCGUUGUUGCCAGUGCCUCGUUUACGUUGCCAGAUAAUAUACUCUCUGGUAUAAAUCUGACUACAUUAAGAGUUUCCAGUCUUUUCUCAGAGGCUUAUUCCGUUUAUAUGAUGAGUAUUGAUCAUCCUGUGAUCAACUGUGUGUCUCUUCGAGUACUCAAUUUGCAACAUGUUCAUAUAAGUCAAGAGGUGCUUGAUGACAUAUUUUCUACUUGUAGCUCGCUUGUGAAGAUAAAGCUUUUACAUUGCAAGGGUUUCAAUACCAUAAAGGUUAAGAACCUUGGUUAUCUUUACAAGUUAAGAAUAAUUUCAGAUGAAGGAAACACAACUUUCUUGGAAAUCAAUCAUGUCCCGAAUCUUACAAAGUGUAGCUUCGAUCUACGUUUUCCAUCACCACCAGCGAACCCUCUUCCAUUCAACGCGCAUUUAUUGUCAUUAGGAAGCAACUUGACACAAUUAUAUUUACGUGGUAUAAUCAUUGACGAUGCAUGCCUAGACAUGAUCAAAUCAAAAUUUCCAUCUCUCAAGAUUUUAACCCUUAAUAUGAGACGUUGGAGGUUGGGAAGGUUCGAUCUCACAUGUGCUUCAAUGGAGAUAUUAUCCUUGCGAUCUUGUCAAUACAUGCGUAUCGACAUACAACUGAUAGAAGUCAAUGCACCAAAGUUACACGUUUUUCUUUUUGAAGGCAAGUCGAUGCCUAGGUUUGUGUUUUUUCCAGCCACUGACAACUCCCGAAUCAGGCAAAUCGUCCUUGCAUUGUCUUUGAGCAAUCCCCUUCAAGUUUCUUUUUUUGUCAAGAUGAGGAAAGCAUUCAAGUUAGCAAUGAAAUGCGACAUUAAGAUAAAAACCAAGAACAUUAGUGUCAUAAACCUGCCAUUUGACAUCAACGUUGUUAAUCUAAGAAAAAUGGUUGGGUUUCCGGCUAAAAACGUACAACAACUGUCGUUUUUUACGAUUGGGGAUGAAAGCCUGUGGGAGCGUUCCCAACUUUUUGAUGCGUUUUUUACAAUUUGCCAUCCUAAAAAAGUAGUUGUAAAAGCAGACAACAACCACUUUUUCAAGGUGAUGCUGAGUGAGGUUAUUGAGAAGAAGAAGAAUACCAAAGAGGUUAGGGAGGAUUUGCAUUGGUCUGAUUACUUGAAAGAUUUUGAGAUAGAAACGCACGAAGAGGGGGAGACCCUUCCGAAAAGCUCUCUAGAUGGGUUGGCUCGAGUCAGCGUGUUCAAACUAAAUUGGCGUUGA